CAGAGUCACAAGUCUCUCUCCAUAUAAACCUCCCCAAGGUCGACGCUACGUAACGACCAUCUCCAUUACUCGACUCUCCUCACCUAAAGAUUCAACCUUUUCUCUGUUUCCCAAUUCAGAGAUGAAGCUUGUGGAGAAGACGACUACUACAGAGCAGGACAAUGGAGAAGAUUUCUGCCGCACCAUCAUCGAGGUUUCCGAGGUUAACAGAAACGUGUUUCAGGCUCCGGGCGGUGAAGCUGAUCCCUUUCGAGUUGUCUCCGGCGAAGAACUUCACCUAAUUCCGCCGCUCAACUUCUCCAUGGUCGAUAACGGUAUAUUCCGGUCUGGAUUCCCUGAUUCAGCUAACUUCUCCUUUCUCCAGACUCUCGGUCUCCGCUCAAUCAUAUACUUGUGCCCGGAGCCCUACCCAGAGAGCAAUCUCCAGUUCCUUAAAUCCAAUGGAAUCAGGCUUUUCCAGUUUGGUAUUGAAGGCAACAAGUGUGUUCCUGACUUAGACAACGAGAUUUCCUUGCAUUUAUGGAAUUCUAAGCAUCAGAAACAGGGUCCCUUAACUAAUGGACUUUCGAAAACUUUGGUACACACUACAUAUAUUAACUGGAACACGAUACUAUUUCUGGAAUAUAUCAUAGUUCAUUCAAUUUGAAGGGUUUUAUUUGCUUGAUAUUUAUUGCCUAAUUGUUCUUGAAAAUCCUGUCUCAUUGUUGUUUACUUUAGACUACUAAAACUGUUUCUGUGUUUUCUUUCUCUUGAAUUUGAUCCUUCAUGGGCACUCUGUUCCAAGCCAUAUUUUAUUAUUAUGAGUUUACCAGAAAAAGAACACAUCUUUCUUUAUUGUUUUGCCUCUUUGGCUCUUUCCGUCUCUCUUGACCUCCACUGAUUUGGUCCCACUCUUUGUUUUUCUGCCCCUUCAGCAACUAUUCCCCACUUGUUCUUUCUACUCUCUAUUUAUAAAAUUAGAUUAUGGACUACGUCAAAAUAUUUGCUGAGCUACUUGUUGCUAGUGUUGUCAAUGAUCCCACUACUCAAUAGCUUACUUUCUGUUGUUAUUGUUUUCUUGGUUCAUGUUUAUUGAGUGUGCACUUUUUUAUACAGAUAUGAUAUCUUAUGAAAUCAUACAUCAGCGAAAGUGUUUUUGAUUGUGUACAAGUAAACCGUUUUUUAUGGUAAAAACUUGUAGAAAGCGUGUUGAUCGUGAAAGUGUCCAUAUUAGCUGUAAGGUUUGAAAUCUAGAUAAGGUUAGGAAUUGCUGGGAAAAUGAUAGAUGGUUACGUUGUAAGUCGGUUAAUGUUGUUUAAUACGUACCUUUAGUUCCUUUCCUUUUCUAUGUGUUAGUGGCUCAUGUUUGGGCAAAUCGUUGGUAAAGUGAUAGAAUAACCAAAAACUUCACCAUAGAGUCUUGAACUUAUUACCCUCAUGAGUUACCAUUCGCCUUUCCUGAAGAGAUGGGUAUGAAUCUAAUUUGAGUUGAUAUGUUUGAAAGAAAAUAUGUUUGUUCUGGUAUGCAGUAGCUAUCAUUCUCUCCCCCCACAGAAUCCACCUUUUCCCUGUCGAUUCUACUCCUAGGAUAGUCGAUUCUUUAUGUGGGGAGUCGUUUAGAUACUUACUACCAUAGUUCCCUAGUUUUGCUUUUACACUAAAGAUGAAAAUAAAGUGGCUUUCUCUUCUUGGUGUAGUGAUUUUAUUGGAAGAAUCUGGAUCUCAUUGACUUUUGUUUUUGUUUCUGGACUCAGAUUCUUUAUAAUUAGUGUGACAACUUCGAUCUUGAUAGGAAACCUUUAUCGCUGAUAUUCUUGGCUUGCUAUGCUUUUUUCUUCUCAUAGAUUCGUCUUUCAAUGGGACUUUGUGUUUAUUCCGUGUUGUUGUUGUUGUGUGUGGAGAUAACUUUUUGAUAUAAAAAAGUAAAGAAUCUUUCUCUCAGUACGCAACCAGUAAAAGGUAUCACAUUAGACAUGCUUCAUAACUUGUAGACUUUGUCCUGUUAAUGAACCUUUGCAUGGUUGUCUCUCUCGACGUUGCUUGUGCAUGAACCUUGAUUAUUAGAUUGCUUUAUCUUUUCCUAAUCUGCUCAAUUUAGUAGUGUGAUUGAUCUUUUGACAUAUAAUCUUACAAUUUUAAAAAGACAUUUUUUCUUCUUAUUUUCAGGAGCCAUUUGUGAAUAUUCCAGACCAUAAAAUCCGCAUGGCACUGAAAGUGCUUCUAGAUGAGAAAAACCAUCCUGUUCUGAUUCAUUGUAAGCGAGGCAAGCAUCGGACCGGUUGUCUUGUUGGUUGCUUGAGGAAGCUCCAGAAAUGGUGUUUGACAUCGAUAUUCGACGAGUACCAACGAUUUGCAGCAGCGAAAGCUAGAGUUUCAGAUCAAAGAUUCAUGGAGAUAUUCGAUGUUUCCAGCUUCAGUCAUAUUCCAAUGUCAUUCUCUUGUUCCAUCAGGUAAACAGGGGAAGCUAAAAUCUUCAGAUAAAAAGGAGAGAUUAAUCAUAUUAGAGUUCCAGAGGAAACAUUCUUCUCUUUCUUUACCUUUCUCUGGAAUCAAUAAUACUAUUUCGAGAAAAGAAAAGGUUUUCGUUGUUAUAAUGACUUCACUCUGUUUUUUUACUGCUCAGUGUAAGCAUAAAGGUAGAUAAUUACGUAUAUAUAUAAAGUAAACUAUACAGGAGUUUGUUUAGGAAUAUAUGUAUUUUCUUGGGUUAUCCCGAAUGUUGCUUAACGAUUAUUAGCUCAUAUAUUUCAAUUCUUCAGAACAUGAUUUGUUAUUAUCGUGUGUAGAGGAAAAUGCUACUACCAUCAGUGUGUAAAUAAUUUGUUCAAUGUAAUGCUAAACCGAAAUAUAUGGACUAAUUUGAUUUACUGACCAAUCAUUAACAUAACUCUAUAACUUCUUUUUUGAAUCAGUUACGGAAUUAAUCAUUA